UCUCCUCACCCAGCAAUGCAUUCCCGAAGAAGAGCUGCGGCCAUGGCAUCGGCAGCGGGCCGUGUGUCCUACUUCCAGAGGGGCUCUCUGCCCUGGUUCACGUUCAUCAUCCUCGCCCUUGGCUACUACACAUGGGUUGUCUUCUGGCCUCAGAGUAUCCCGUAUCAGAGCCUUGGGCCCCUGGGUACCUUUACUCAGUACUUGGUGGAUAACCAUCACACCCUCCUGCGAACUGGGUAUUGGCUUGCCUGGCUGAUUCAUGUGGGAGAGUCCUUAUAUGCCAUGGUAUUGUGCAAGCAUAAAGGCAUCACAGAUGGUCAAGCUCGGCUGCUCUGGUUCCUGCAGACUUCCCUAUUUGGGAUAGCAUCUCUCUCCAUCUUGAUUGCUUACAGACCAAAGUGCCAAAAACAAAGAAGAUAUUCAAAAGCUUUCCCUACACUUUUACAUUCCACCUUACCUUGUGGGGGCAGGGGAAGGGACAGGAAGGCAGUGUUUACUCAGUGAUUUUCUACUUUCUAGAAAGUAUCUGAGCUUCAAAGCUAUUUAAGACCAACUAGUUACUCAUCUUUUACAUGGUCUGAUUGAGCUUAAUAGACCAGUGUUAUUUAAGAAAGAAAUAGGAAAAGACUUUAGCUUUCCAGUUCUGCAGACUGACUUGUUUAGAUGAGGGCUUCCAGCUACCUUUUUGAUGUCCUUGACUCCUUCCCUGGAGGACUGC